CAAAGUUUUAGGGUUCAAGAUGCCUGGCAAGAGGAAGAGGGGCCAGGAGACGCCCGCUACAGCCCCAAUUCAAGCACCAUCCAGUUUCAACGGCGGUCCAAUCAGCGCAAUUGCCGCAGCGAGAUUAAAAGCUGCAGUACCUGUCACAGCCAUCGACGGCGCAAACGAAACGCCAUCCAGCCCACUGGCAGAGUCCACAGACUCCGAAUCCGGAGAGUUGGAACCUGAAGAUAGCACUCCGAUUGCUCAUCAGAACUUCAAGCUCUGCACCUGGCGCGAUGCUGGAAGCAAUGUGUUGUCUGAGUCUGACGAUGAGCUCACGAUCGUUCUGGACAAGCAUUCGACAAUUUCUUUUAUUGGAUGCUACGACUUCAAAGUCCUCAAGGGAGCCGUCAACGUCAAUGGCGCGAACCUUGGAGCGGGGCCCCGUCAAGGCACAUCAGCAAGAAGCCGUAGAGUCUUCGUACCUUCGACACAUCCCGUCACCAAAGUUCGAGGACUCGAUCGGGAAAAUCAUAUCCAGUUUCUUAGCUGUAAAGAACCAACACCGCUUGCUGCUAUCAGCCCUCUCUUUGCUAAUCUUUGGAACGGGAAUCCAAACAAAGGAACUAGGAGGAGCUUUGCUUUGAUCACGGAAUCGGACGCCGAUCCCCUCAAGCGCCCUGUCGAUCCUGAGAAUGCACCCGAGGACUGGAUACGCGCCGUAGAAGACUGUGCUGCCACGCCAUCAGUCACGCUCAUCACUGGGCCACCAUUAUCCGGAAAAUCCACGUUCGCAAAGAGACUGCUUAACCGCUAUCUCACCGGCCUCGGCAAGACAGCACGAGCCUUACUUGCUGUCUGCUACCUAGAUCUUGAUCCAAGCAAACCGGAGUACACUCCUCAUGGCCAGGCCUCACUCGCUCUCGUACGGGAACCAAACUUCGGAUCUUCCUUCACGCAUCCCUCGCCUAUUCCAGGAGCUGAAGGCACAAAUGAAACCAUCUCCGCGCAUCCCGUUCCAGUUCGCGGCCUCGUGAACUACGAAGACUACUUCAUGUCCUGCAUUGAGGACCUCUUCCGCACAUACCAAAGCCUCCAGACACCUGAUCCUAUCCCGCUAAUCAUCAACACGCCCCCCUCACUCUACACCACGCACUUCCCCCUCCUAACCAACCUCCUCUCCCUCCUCAAACCAUGCCACCUCAUCCACCUCGGCAACACAGCCGCCAUCGACCAACCCACCGCCUUAAAACUCGACACCCUCCAAACCACCAUCUCCAAACUGGGCACCACACUCCACGAACUCACCGCCCAGGGGCCCCCCACCCAACCAUCUCUCACCGACGCUAACCUCCGCGCCAUGCACAUGCAAUCCUACUUCCACCUCGCCAGCCUCAAGCAGCCCCCACCCUCCGCCCACGGUCCUCCGCAGCUAACAUGGACCCCGCGCCCCCUCUCCACCCUAACGCCCUGGGAAUUCCACUACGAAGAAACACCCACCCACACCCAAGACCUACUCGGCUUCCUCCUGCUCGCCGAGCCCAUCGCCCCCUCGCACCUCCUCACCGCGCUAAACGGCUCCAUCGUCCACAUCCUCGAGACCACCGACCCGGACAUCAGCCGGUCGCGGGGCCCCGCGCUCCCGCGCACGGGAAAAUACCGACUCCCGUACUUCGCGCCGAGCAAGGACACGCGCACGAUGCAGCCGCUCGACCCGCGCACGUCGCGCCUCGUGUGCACGGCGCUGAUCCGCGGGUUUGAGCCGCAGGAGCGCAUCGUGCAGGUUCUGGUGCCGAGGACGCACGACGGGCUGGUGCGCACGCUGAGGCCGGAGAACACGGUGUUCGUGGCGGGGUGCUGCGAUAUGCCUGAGUGGGCGUAUGUGGAGGACGCGUAUGCGCAGCUCAGCGAUACAGCGGCACUGCGGAGAACGCAAGGUGGUGGGCGGUUCAUAGGAGAUGAUAGUGCGAUGAUGAUGGAGGGGAUGGAGACGCCGAUGCCGCCUUGGGUCGAGAGGGAGAGUGUUGUGCAGGGUAUGGGGUAUUUGAACGCUGUGCGGCGGGUGCGGAAGUUCCAUCAGUGAGAGCAAGGAAUGAAACGUUCUGCGGGAUCGAGCGCUUCUGGAUAGAC